GUGUUCACCUUGGGUAGCUCCACGCUGAUUAUGCCAGGGCGAUCACGCUUCAACCCGGCCAACUGGACUUGCGGAGCUCUCUAUUUUGCAGCCUGCUUCACCUCUUUGCUGGUUGGCCUGGAACUAGCAAGACGUCCGGUUGUUUCGAGCACUUGGCCGAGUGGCCUCGAGAUCGGCACCUUGGAAGCCUUGGAAGCC